AACAGCGUGUGAUCAGCCUCAACACACCUUCUCUCUCUUGUCCCGGUGCACACAGUCGUCUCCUGAGAUAAUGGCACCCAACUGGCGCUUCAUCCUGCUGGCGGUGCUCCUGCUGGUGGUGUCCCUCGCCACAGCCGCCAACCAAGCGGGGGGCGAGGGAACUAAGAGCAGCUCGAAGACAACACCGGGACAUCCUAAACCUCACCCACCUGUGAUACAUCCUUACCCUCACCCUCACCCACCUGUGGUAUAUCCUCACCCUCACCCACCUGUAGUACAUCCUCACCCACCUGUGGUACAUCCUCACCCACCUGUGGUACAUCCUCACCCUCACGCCAACCAAUACCUCCAGGGACAGUUCCCGCCAGGAAGACCUGGUCCUCACUUAUACAACAGCCCGGAGGUGUUCGGACCUGGUGGACAUGGUCAUGGUGCCUAUAGUCUCGAGUACUUUGGACCUGGGCACGGCCAUGGGCACGGCCAUGGGCACGGCCAUGGGCCUGGGGUAUAUGGGGUACCCAGCAUUGAGGUUUAUGGUUAAAUGUACGUCUGCUGCUGCUGUUGCUGCUGCUGCUGCUGCUGCUGCUGCUGCUGCUGCUUUAACAGGAAGUCACGCAACAGCUCAAGGCUUCAGGAUAAAUGUACAUAAAUUCGUGUGUUCUGAUUCUCAAAGAUUAAUGUGAUAUGAAUUAAUUUUUAAUAACUGAGUAAUUUUUAUAUUACGACACAAAUAUUAUGGUCCAAAUUAAACCUCAAAUGUUAUCGCUAUUUACAACACUUGAGAGAGAAGGAAUUAAUCUGUGAGAAUCAGGUACCUGGUUAGAAUGAUCACAUUCUUCCCUGAGUUACAAUAUACUUCAUGGAGAAUGCUAGCAAUAUUUUAACCCUGUAUUAUAAUGAAGAAAAACGAUAUUUAAUAAACAUCUUUUUACACAAAUAA